UUAUAAAUAGAGCCUCCAGCGGGGGGGAAACAAAAUGAGCACAGACAACCGAGGGAGCCGCGUCCGGCCACUGCUCCAUGAUCUCUGCGAGAAAGAUGCUGCAGCAAGCUCUUAGAGUAUCCGGCCGGAGCGCCCUCCCCCUGGUCAAGUGGAUGGAGAGAUGGGCUGAGGGCGCAUCAGCCGGUCUGGAGGGCACCAGGCGCCAGGCGGUGAGGACGCUGGACGACAUGCCGGGACCGUCGGUCGCGAGCUUCGCCUGGGACCUGUUCGCCAAACGUGGGCUGUCACGGCUGCACGAGUUACAGCUGGAAGGAGUGCAGCGGUAUGGCCCCAUGUGGAAGGCUAGCUUUGGCCCCAUCCUGACAGUUCACGUGGCUGAUCCAGCGCUCAUAGAGCAGGUAUUGCGGCAGGAGGGCCAGCACCCAAUGCGCUCUGACCUUUCCUCCUGGAAGGACUACAGGAAGCUCAGGGGACAUCACUAUGGACUCCUGACAUCUGAGGGGGAAGAGUGGCAGGCGGUGAGAAGUCUCCUGGGGAAGCAUAUGCUGCGGCCGAAGGCAGUGGAAGCUUAUGACAAAACCCUGAACAGCGUGGUCAGUGACCUCAUUGCCAAACUUCGCCUCAGCAGACGUCCUCAAGGCCUCGUCACUGAUAUCGCCAGCGAGUUCUAUCGCUUCGGCCUCGAGGGUAUUUCCUCAGUGUUGUUUGAAUCCAGAAUUGGUUGCCUGGAUGAGGUUGUUCCUGAAGAGACAGAGUGUUUCAUCCAGUCAAUCAACACCAUGUUUGUGAUGACGCUUCUUACAAUGGCUAUGCCAAGCUGGCUACACCAGCUGUUCCCCAAACCCUGGAACAUCUUCUGUCAGUGCUGGGACUACAUGUUUGAUUUUGCAAAAGGCCACAUUGAGCAGCGCCUGACGGCCGAAGCAGAUAAGGUUGCCCGUGGAGAGAAGGUGGAGGGCCGUUAUCUCACCUACUUCCUGUCCCAGACGGGCCUGCCCAUGAAGACUGUCUACAGCAAUGUCACAGAGCUGCUUCUUGCUGGAGUCGACACGAUCUCCAGCACUAUGUCCUGGUCCUUGUAUGAGCUGUCCCGUCACCCUUCAGUACAGGCCUCGCUCCGGGACGAGGUUUUGUCUGUACUGAAGGGUCGAAGGAUACCGGAUGCAGCAGAUGUGGCUCGCAUGCCUCUCCUGAAAGCCACAGUCAAAGAAGCGCUCAGGUUGUACCCUGUUAUUCCUGCAAAUGCAAGAGUAAUUACAGACAGAGACAUCCAGGUUGGAGGCUACCUAAUCCCUAAAAAUACUCUGAUUACCCUGUGCCACUUUGCAACAUCACGGGAUGCGGCAGUUUUUCCAAAUCCAGAUGAAUUCCAGCCUUAUCGAUGGCUCAACAGGGACCAGUCUCAUCACCCGUAUGCCUCUGUACCGUUUGGGGUGGGAAAACGCAGCUGCAUAGGUCGUCGUAUUGCCGAGCUGGAGCUCUAUCUUGCUCUGUCCAGGAUCCUAAUAGAGUUUGAUGUGAAGCCGGACCCAGAAGGGGUUUCUGUGAAGCCCAUGACACGGACGCUUCUAGUUCCUGAAAAUGUCAUUAGCCUCCAGUUUAUCGAACGAUGACCUACUCUCCCCGAGCUGAUCAGUUAUGUGGACGUGAGUCUCUCUCGGCAGCGGAGAGCACUAGCAGAUGGAGUUGUCCCAGGAACCGUGAGCCACAGUGGAUCACGUCAGAGCGGACCUUCAACCUUCGACACAACAAAGACCAAAGCCCUCCGUACCUAUACCCCCGUUUGUAGAGGAUGGCGUGUGGAGAAGGACAAAUGACUACAGGAUGAGGAGUGACAGCUCAUUACUGAGGCUUUCCACUGGGGGCGGUGUAACUCCAAAUUUAAUACUGUGUUUUUUUCUUUAAAUAAAAUCACCAUUAAGCACUUAUUUGCACA